AUGGCUGUGCUCGUUUCUCCACUUCCGGUAGUUGGACUAGGCGCCUUGUACCAAUCCGAACCCCGGUCAUCUGGCGUCAAACGCCCAGAGUACAAAACUAUCAGUAACCUUGAUAUUCAUCUUAACCUCAGGCACUUGAGCGCGAUUGUCGAUCUUCCUGAAGAUGAUCAUCUGCCCCUUCGACUUCACCAUCCCACGUUGCGUGAAUUCAUAUUGGAUGAAGUGAGAUGUACCGAGCAAGCAUUUCAUGUAGACACGAGGCAGACGCAUCUCACCUUGGCUGGGUGCUGUGUGAACAUCAUAUCCCAAUCAUGGGCGUGUUCCCCACCUGGACAGGGGAUCUUCGGCUUGGAUAACCCUGCUGUUGCUGUGACCGAUGUUAGCCGGAGCCAAUUGGAGCAGUGGCUACCAGCUGGCGUGCGCUAUGCAUGCCUUUACUGGGUCCACCACCUACAACAGAGCGGUGCCAAGAUACAUAAGAACGACUCCAUUGAUCUCUUCCUCCGAAAAAAUCUUUUACAUUGGCUAGAGGCUCUUAUUUGGAUGAGACUUUCCGAUGGAGUUCGUGCCGUCGCCUCCCUGGAAUCCAUGACGAUUCUAAGUGAUACCAAGAACCCCAGUGUCGACGCAUAUAUCCAUGACGCGAAGCGAUUUACGUUAUCUAGCCGAUAUACAAUCGAACCAUAUCCCUUACAAAUAUACUUGAGUGGGCUUGUAUUUGUGCCAGCACAGAGCACAGUCAGGCUUCUCUUUAAGAAGGAAGCAUUGCACUGGAUGCAUCGGAUGCCAUCGAUCUCUGCAAACUGGAGCCUUUUACUGCAGAGCCUGAGCGGUCGUGUGUGGUCAAGUCGCGCUUUGGCUUUUUCCCCUUGCGGAAAGAUCUUAGCAUCGGCCGCAAUUAGAGGAGCGAGCAAGAUAGUGGAAGUAUGGGACCCCGUGACGGGGGAGCUUCUGCAGGCCAUUGACUUGCCAGACCUAGCGGUGUUUGUUGGGUUCUUGAGAGAGGAAGAGAGAUUAGUGGUAGUGUCAGGUGGCGGAACAAAUCGUGACCAUCACAUCCAACAACGAGAUCCUUGGACUGGGGAAUGCUUGCAGGAAUCGAGCAUCCCCGCUGAAAUCGGUAUAUUUGGGGCAGUUGCUCUGUCGGAAGUUGGAGAGUUGCUGGCACUGAUGGUUGACUCACGUACGAUACAAGUUUGGGACGUGCUUUCCGGCUGCUGCAUCCGACGGCUUACUGGCCACGAAAGUGAGAUCAUACAUGCCGUGGCAUCGAAAGACGGUUCAGUCCUGGCCUCAACAACGGUUGAUGGAGCUAUCUAUAUGUGGGACACCUACAAGGCCCAGUGUUUACAGCCGACAACAACUAACCUUCUCCGGGUUCUGAAAGUCCAAAGUGCACCGAAAUAUGGCUUGUCGUCAGACGGUCAAGCACUCGAUAUAUCGAAGGAUGGGAGAUUCCUCGCAUCGGUGUCGUAUGGCCAGAUCCAACUCUGGGACAUCGAGACUGGUCGCUGCUGCCAGACUACAAACAUGGGGGUGGCAGAAUGUGCUGGGGUGGCCCUCUCUCCAGAUGGAAGUAUGCUAGCUACUUGUGCCCGCGUAUCGGUCAGACUCUGGGAUCUCAAGGCGGGCGAGGUUAUGGAUCCCCCUACCGUCAUUCGAACGAGAAAUCUCCGUGACGUUCGCUUCUCGCCACAUGGACGCUUGCUAGCAGUCUUGUCCGUUGAUUUACAGCUAUACAUCUGGGAUACCGUUACAGGCAGAUGUCUGGGUGAUCUGGGACACACUCGUGACGCGAUGCGCGAGUUCGAACUUUGGGAGGUUCUACAAAGUCUACUCCCUGAUCCCAAAUUACAAUAUUGCAUCGAUCUCGCGAAUGAGGAGAAUGAUCCGGCCGAGGAACCACCAGUCAAUCUUGCUGCCUUGUGUUUCACCGAGGAUGAAAAGUUCUUGGUCUCGCGGAGCGGCCCCGACGCGAGAUUGUGGGAUAUUACGAACAAGACGUGCGUGCUCGCGGUCGACCUAAACAAAUCCACUGCGUCCAGAAGUGUCACUACGAAGAAGGAUCUCCACACGUUAGUACACACGGGAGUCGAGCUCCUGACCAGCUUAGAAGACCCUCAACCGAGGUUGACCCUGGAGGACAAUGAAUGGAUCCUCGCGGGGGCUCAGAAGCUGCUCCGGCUGCCACCCCAGUACACCAACUUGGAGGGCGCCGCCGCGUUCGAGAAUAUCAUUGCGAUCGCGUACAGUGCUGCCAGUGUCUUGAUUUUCCAUUUCCGCAGCGAGUUGUUAUGA